AUGCCCAAUAUGCUCGAAGCAGAAAAGAAAAAGAAAGAAGAUGCCAAGAGGAAUAAGAAAUCUUCUGGAGAGGACCAAGGAGACUCUUCCAAGAAAAUGCUACAGAACAAGCGAAAGCAAAAAAUUAUUUAUGGGAACAAGGGAAGCAAUUCUCAACUUUCAAUGAAAGAGAGGAAAAAUGCAGUGCAUGAACAACAAAUUAUUCACAGUGAUUUUCCGGUGAGCCUUGGUGAAGAUAACCCAUUGGAUAAUUAUAGUGCUACCUUAAUAGACAAUAACAUUGGCAAUACGUGUUUGUAUCCCCUCCUCCAAGCUUGGGAGGAGUUAGAAAGUGAGAAAUUCAAAGAACGCAGCGAAAACAACACAAGAUGGGAUCAAGAGGAUUCUUUUGAGGAGGAACUUCCUGGCCAACAACAAGAAGAAAACAUUGAUGGUGAGCCAGAUCUCGACAAAAUUGCAUGUAAAGAUCGUAUCCCAGAUAAUUCAGAUCAUAUUAUAAACGACAAUAUUAUCAACUAUGGCUCGAAAGUGUUGGCAAAAGAUGAAAGUGGUGGAAACUAUCAUAUCACACAAGGAUUACUGAGAAGUACCAAAUUUCGUUCCAUCGAUAACCUUUAUAAGUGUACUUCCAGGCUCUCACCAAUUGAAGAUGAAUAUAAUUGGAAUCGUCAAAAUGAAAAAGACCCAAAUAUGAAUCAUUUAGCAAACGAAGAUUCAAGUAUCAAAACAAACGAAAAGAAUGUUGGUUGUAAGAGAAAAGAGAGAAACAACAAUGGAGAAAAUGAUGUUGAUACUUCUUCACCGUAG